CCUCCUCUCCNUCUGGGCCAUGACUGGGUCCGCUUCGUGAACGCCGCCCUCGACGUCAACGGCGAGGUCUUCACGCCGAAGGAGCUGGUCAUGGUGGACAACAUUCGCUACAUGGGCCAAAUUGACUACCUCAUCUCCUUUGUCAACAAGCACGAUAAGCGCCUGCUCUCAAAUUACAUGCUGUGGCGUGUGGUGCUGCAGAACCUGGGCACCGGGAAUCGGGUGAUGCGCGACAUGAAGGACAACCUCAAUCGGCACCUGUACGGCAUCACCGAGAAGAUGGCCCGCUGGAAGCUCUGUCUGUCGCAGCUGACGGGCAGUCUCGCCAUGGCGCUCUCCUCGCUCUACAUCAGGCACCACUUUAAUGGCUCCUCCAGGGAAAGGGCCGUGGAGAUGGUCCGCUUCAUACAGGACGAGUUUGAUGACAUCCUCCACAAGACGGAGUGGAUGGACGGGGAGACGAAGAAGAACGCCUACAAGAAGUCGCGCAUGAUGAAGGCCAUUGUCGGCUACCCCGAGGAGCUGGCCAAUGACACGCUGGUCACCGAGCACUACAAAGAGCUCGAUCUGACGCCGGACAACUUUGAGCUGAACAUUCGCCGAGUGCGCAUCUGGGCGCACAAGAAUGAGUUUAAAAAACUCCGCCGGCGGAAUGAUCCUCACAACUGGAAGUACUUUGCCAACGCCGCCAAUGUGAACGCCUUCUACUGGUCGCAGGCGAACUCGAUCGUCAUCCCCGCGGGCAUCCUCCGCGACAUCUUCUUCGACAACGACCGGCCGCAGUACCUCAACUUUGGCACCAUCGGCUACGUGAUCGGCCACGAGAUCACCCACGGCUUCGACAACAUCGGCGCCCAGUUUGAUGAGAUUGGCAACGCCCGGAACUGGUGGAAGAACGAGACGAAGAAGCACUACAAUGAGAAGGCGCAGUGCAUGAUCAAGCAGUACAAGGACUACGACCUGCAGGCGGGCCUGAAGAUCAACGGCGACCUCACGCUCAAGGAGAAUAUCGCGGACAAUGGCGCCAUUCGGGAGGCCUUCCAGGCGUACGAAAAGUACACCAAAAAGUUUGGCGAAGAGCUGCCUCUGCCCGGGCUGAAGUACACCUCGAAGCAGCUCUUUUGGAUUGCCGCCGCCAUGAACUGGUGCAGCAAGUCCUCGCCGGAGAUGUUCAAGACGCGCCUGGACACGGACAGCCACAGUCCCUCGGAGGCGAGAGUCAACGUCGCCUUCAGCAACUACGAGCCGUUUGCGGAGGCCUUCCAGUGCAAGUCGGGCACCAAGUCCAACUCCGUUCACAAGUGCACCGUUUG